AUGGCUGUGAUGAUGAAGACGGAGGUAACUGGGGCUAAAAGGUACCGCACAAAUCCAUAUGGCUGUAAAAGGCAGCUUGUGGAGGUGGAGCCCGGAGUCCAGAUUUUCCGACUCCACAGUCGCAAGCUCAGAAAACGCUUUGGUAGCGGGGCCUGCAAAUCAAGGAUGGACGCGUCGACUGUCACCGAGCGUUCACAGAGGACCCUAGCAAGGGCAGGACCCGCAGCCCCUGUUCCGGCAGCUGGAGUGGGGCCAGAGCGGAGGUGGUGUCAGAGCGGAAAUCGAACCCGGAGCAGGGGUUCAGCUUGGGGCUGUGGGGAAUUUGUGAGGUGGGUCCGCUCCUGGCCCGCGGGAGAGGAGUCCGGAGGUGGCUGGAGCCAGGGCUGGGAAGAGAGAAGGCGCACCACUGAGCUGCCAGACGCACGGAUCGCGGGCGGGGACCCGGGCGAGCCUGGGAUCGCGGCUCUCGGAAGCGACAGAAGUGCCGAAGUCGCGGUCUGCGUCCUUGCGCGGGAGUCUCGGGGCGAUGAGAGUGCGCGUCAAGGUAAACGCUGGUCCCGCCACUGUGUGCUCCCGCGGCUCACUCGGCGCGGCCCGGACCCGCAGCCACAACUCCCGCCCGCUGGCCCAGCUUCAAGGCUGGCACCCCGUGCGACAGGGAGUUUUGGGGGCUUGGAAAGGAGGGCGCCCCCGGCUACUGGGAGAGCUCUGGCGAUGCUUGGGAAAGGAACACUUUCUGUUCAGUCCCAGAAAUCCUGGAUCGAAGGAGUGUUUGACAAGAGAGAAUGCAACAAAAUCAUACCCAGUUCAAAAGACCCUCACAGAUGUACUCCAGGCUGCCAAGUUUGCCAGAAUUUAAUCAGGUGUUGCUGUGGCCGAUUGAUCCAAGACCAUCAUGGGAUAGAUUAUGCCUGGACUUGCUCGGCUGUCAAGGGUAAUGAAAGUGAACAGUGGUCUGUUGAAAAACAUACAAUGAAAAGCCCGACAGAUACCUUUGGCACUAUUAAUUUCCAAGAUGGAGAACACACCUACCACUCUAAGUACAUUAGAACUUCUUAUGAUACCAAACCGGAUCAUCUAUUACAUUUAAUGUUGAAAGAGUGGAAAAUGGAGUUGCCCAAGCUUGUCAUCUCUGUCCAUGGGGGCCUCCAGAACUUUAAGAUGUCCUCUAAGCUUAAAGAGAUCUUCAGCCAGGGUUUGGUCAAAGCUGCAGAGACAACAGGAGCAUGGAUAAUAACGGAAGGCAUCAACAUGGGAGUGUCCAAGCACGUUGGAGAUGCCCUAAAAGCCCAUUCUUCUAAGUCAUUGAGGAAAAUCUGGACUGUUGGAAUCCCUCCUUGGGGUGUCAUUGAGAACCAGAGAGAUCUCAUUGGAAAAGAUGUGGUGUGCAUGUACCAGACUCUGGGUAACCCCCUCAGCAAGCUCACCACACUCAACUGCAUGCACGCGCACUUCAUCCUGUCCGAUGAUGGGACUGUGGGCAAGUAUGGAAAUGAAAUGAAACUCAGGAGGAACCUGGAGAAGCACCUCUCUCUGCAGAAGAUACACAGUCGCUCACGACAAGGUGUGCCUGUGGUGCAGCUGGUGGUGGAAGGAGGUCCUAACGUCAUCCUCAUGGUGUGGGAGACUGUCAAGGACAAAGACCCAGUGGUGGUGUGUGAAGGUACAGGCAGAGCUGCCGACCUCCUGGCCUUUACCCACAAACACUUAGAAGAUGAAGGGAUGCUGCGUCCUCAGGUGAAAGAGGAAAUCAUCUGCAUGAUUCAGAACACUUUCAACUUUAGUCUGAAACAGUCCAAGCACCUUUUUCACAUUUUAAUGGAGUGUAUGAUGCACAGGGAUUUUAUAACCGUAUUUGAUGCUGACUCUGAAGAACAGCAAGAUCUUGACUUAGCAAUCCUAACAGCUUUGUUCAAGGGCACAAAUUUAUCAACAUUAGAACAAUUAAAUCUAGCAAUGACCUGGGACAGAAUGGACCUUGCCAAGAAACAUAUCCUAAUUUACGGACAACAUUGGAAGCCUGGCACACUAGAACAAGCAAUGUUAGAUGCCUUGGUGAUGGAUCGUGUGGAUUUUGUGAAGCUUUUGAUAGAAAAUGGAGUGAACCUCCAUCGCUUUCUUACGAUUCCCCGACUAGAAGAGCUCUACAAUACGAAACAAGGACCGACUAAUAUGCUGUUGCAUCAUCUUGUCCAAGAUGUAAAACAGCACACCCUUCUUUCAGGCUACAGAAUAACUCUGAUUGACAUCGGAUUGGUGAUAGAAUACCUCAUUGGUGGAGCAUAUCGCAGCAGCUAUACUAGGAAAAGUUUCAGAGCCCUCUACAACAACCUCUACAGGAAACACAAGCACCCUCUUCACCAGCGAUGUUCUUUGUCAAAUAGAAACGAGUCUGCAGAAAACACCUCGCAUUCCCAGUUCUUCAGAACUGCCCAGCCUUAUAAAUUCAAGGAAAAGUCUGGAGUCUCUCAUAAAUCAAGGAAGAAGUCAAAAGAAAGACAAGACAUUACAGAUGACCCUGAGUCCACUGGCUUUAUUUAUCCUUACAAUGACCUGCUGGUUUGGGCUGUGCUCAUGAAAAGGCAGAAGAUGGCCAUGUUCUUCUGGCAGCAUGGAGAGGAAGCCACAGUUAAGGCAGUGAUUGCUUGCAUUCUCUACCGAGCGAUGGCCCACGAAGCUAAGGACAGCAAUAUGGUGGACGACGCCUCAGAAGAGUUGAAAAAUUACUCAAAGCAGUUUGGCCAGCUGGCCCUGGAUGUGUUGGAGAAGGCCUUCAAGCAGAACGAGCGAAUGGCCAUGAAGCUGCUGACAUACGAACUCAAGAACUGGAGCAAUUCUACCUGCCUGAAACUGGCUGUGUCUGGAGGGCUGCGUCCCUUUGUUUCACAUUCUUGUACCCAAAUGCUGCUGACAGACAUGUGGAUGGGGCGCCUGAAAAUGAGGAAAAACUCUUGGCUGAAGAUCAUCAUAAGCAUUCUUUUACCACCCACCAUUUUGACACUGGAAUUUAAAAGCAAAGCUGAGAUGUCCCAUGUUCCCCAGUCCCAGGACUUCCAGUUUACAUGGUAUUAUGGUGACCAGAACCCCAUCAGUAGCAAAGAAAGUGCUUGUAUGAAAGACUGUGAUUUGGAGAGGGGCCCUGAUGAGAAAGUGGAUGAAAAUCAGCACUUUGAUUUAACAAAUGGGCCCAAAAGCCUUCCUUGGACUAGGAAAGUCUAUGAGUUCUACAGCGCUCCCAUUGUGAAGUUUUGGUUUUACACGAUGGCAUAUCUGGCAUUCCUCAUGCUGUUCACUUACACUGUGUUGGUGGAGAUGCAGCCCCAACCCAGCGUGCAAGAGUGGCUUGUUAUCAUUUACAUCUUCACCAAUGCUAUUGAGAAAGUCAGGGAGAUCUGUAUUUCGGAACCUGGGAAGAUUACUCAAAAGGUGAAGGUAUGGAUUAGUGAGUACUGGAACUUAAUGGAAACUGUGGCCAUUGGCCUGUUUUCAGUUGGUUUUGGCCUUCGGUUGGCUAGCCCUCCUUUUCACACAGCAGGAAGACUAAUCUACUGUAUAGACAUCAUAUUCUGGUUCUCACGGCUCAUGGACUUCUUUGCUGUGAAUCAACAUGCAGGUCCAUAUGUGACCAUGAUUGCAAAAAUGGCAGCAAACAUGUUUUACAUUGUCAUCAUGAUGGCCAUUGUCUUGCUGAGCUUUGGAGUGGCGCGCAAAGCCAUCCUUUCGCCAAAGGAGCCUCCGUCUUGGAGCCUCGCUCGAGAUGUUGUGUUUGAGCCAUACUGGAUGAUGUAUGGAGAAGUCUACGCUUCAGAGAUAGAUGUUUGUUCAAGCCAGCCGACUUGCCCUCCGGGUGCUUUUCUUACUCCGUUCCUGCAAGCUGUCUACCUCUUCGUGCAAUACAUCAUCAUGGUGAACCUGUUGAUUGCCUUCUUCAACAAUGUGUACGUAGAUAUGAAAUCCAUUUCAAACAAGCUAUGGAAAUACAAUCGCUAUCGUUACAUCAUGACGUAUCAUGAGAAGCCCUGGCUGCCUCCACCUUUCAUCCUGCUCAGCCACCUGGGCCUCCUCCUCCGCGGUCUGUGUUGUCACCGAGCUCCACAUGAUCAAGAUGAGGGUGACGUUGGAUUAAAACUCUACCUGAGUAAGGAAGAUCUGAAAAAACUUCAUGAUUUUGAAGAACAAUGUGUGGAGAAAUAUUUCCAUGAGAAGAUGGAAGGACUGAACUGUAGCUUUGAGGAAAGAAUCCGAGUGACAUCAGAAAGGAUUACAGAGAUGUACUUCCAACUGAAAGAAAUGAAUGAAAAGGUGUCUUUUAUAAAGGACUCCUUACUGUCUUUGGACAGCCAAGUGGGACACCUACAGGACCUUUCUGCCCUGACGGUGGAUACUCUAAAGGUCCUUUCUGCUGUGGACACUUUGCAAGAGGAUGAGGCUCUCUUGACCAGUAGAAAGCAUGCCACUCGCAGAAAACUUCCCCACAGCUGGAACAAUGUCAUCUGUGCAGAGCUUCUGGGCAGCAUGGAGAUCCCUGGAGAGAAGAAAUACCAGUAUUAUAGCAUGCCCCCUUCCUUGCUGCGGAGCCUAGCUAGAAGCCAGCAACCCCCAAGAGUGCAGAGAGGCACCCUUUUUGAGAUUAAAGACAGUCAGAGAGAGGCCUCCAAUGUAAGGGAUGACCAGGAAGAGCAAGAAACAGAAAAAAGUAUAGUUGCUUCUGGAGUAUCCCCUGAUAGGCAAGCAUACUCCAAGUGUGGCCAAUUUCUCCGGGUCCCUUCUUAUCUAAAGCAACUUCCUUUUUCUGCAGAAGCUGUCUUGCCUCUGUCCAAACCAGCUGUGGAAGGAGAUGCAGAUAUGCUGGCAACUGGACAGGUCUCUCAGAAUGAGGUCCCUGUUCAUCUGACUUGGCAGACCCCCGCUGUCUCAAGCCAGGCAGCAGAGGCUGAACCCAAAGGGCAGAUUGAGCCAAUUGCUCAGAUACCAGCCAGACAAGCCAAGGCCCAGCAAGUUCCGCCCACUUUGAGUUGCACACCUGCACCCAUGUCGAUGGCCUCUCUUCCUUCCCAAGCCAAGAGCAUGCAAGCUGGAGGUGGAUAUGUGAACUGGGCAUUUUCGGAAGGCGAUGAAACUGGUGUGUUUAGCUUCAAGAAAAAAUGGCACACCUGCUUGCCCUCCACUUGUACUAGUGACUCUGCUCAGAGUGAACAAUUCAGGAUCCAGAUCCCAGGCAGAUCCCUGUCUGAUAACUCAACCAGAUGGACCCAGAGCUGUGACUGCUCAGAAGUCGUGGGACCAUGGCUGCAGCCAAACACAUCCUUUUGGAUCAAUCCCCUCCGCAGAGACAGACCCUUCAGGAGUCAUAGUUUUAGAUUCCAUAAGGAGGAGAAACUGAUGAAGAUCUAUAAGAUUAAAAGCCAUUCACGAACCUCAGAGAUAGGGUCAGUGUGGGCCAAAGCAAAGAUGUUAACCAAGGACAGGAGAUUGUCAAAGAAAAAGAAGAAAACUCAAGGACUGCAGGUGCCAGUCAUAACAGUCAAUGCCUGCUGUCAAAAUGAUCAAAUGGAUUCAGAACCAGGAGAAAAUAACAUCUCAGAAAAGGGGUGCAGCAAGAACUGGCUCACGGUGUCCAAGUUUACCCAGAUAAGUCUAGAACCUUAUAUAUAUCAGAAAAUGAAAACUAAAGGAAUUGAGCAACGUACUGUACAAGUCAGUGAUUAUCUACAGCAGUCUAAAGAGGAUCUGAGCAAAAACUCUUUAUGGACUUCCAGGAGCAUCAGCCUUACUAGGAGCCCAAUGUUGAGAAGUUCAAAUGGAGCUGACAAGAUCUCAGCCUCCUUAAAAAGCCCUCAAGAGCCUCACCAUCAUUACUCAGCCAUUGAAAGGAAUAAUUUAAUGAGGCUGUCUCAGACCAUACCGUUUACACCCAUCCAACUGUUUGCAGGAGAAGAAGUCACCAUCUAUAGGCUGGAGGAGAGCUCCCCUCUGAACCUUGAUAAGAGCAUGUCCUCUUGGUCCCAGCAUGGAAGAGCUGCAAUGAUCCAGGUGUUGUCCCAGGAAGAGUUGGACGGGGGCCUCCGCAAAGCCAUGCGAGUCAUCAGCACAUGGUCUGAGGAUGAUGUUCUCAAACCAGGACACGUUUUCGUUGUGAAGUCUUUUCUCCCUGAGGUCGUGCAGACUUGGCAUAAAAUCUUCCAGGAGAGUACAGUGCUUCAUCUUUGCCUCAGGGAAAUUCAACAGCAAAGGGCUGCUCAAAAACUAAUCUAUACCUUCAACCAAGUGAAACCGCAAACCAUUCCCUACACACCGAGGUUCCUGGAAGUUUUCUUAAUCUACUGCCACUCAGCCAACCAAUGGUUGACCAUUGAGAAGUACAUGACUGGGGAGUUCCGGAAGUACAACAAUAACAAUGGAGAUGAAAUCGCCCCCAGCAACACCCUAGAGGAGCUGAUGUUGGCCUUCUCUCACUGGACCUAUGAGUACACUCGGGGAGAGCUGCUGGUUUUAGAUCUGCAAGGUGUUGGAGAAAAUUUGACAGAUCCAUCUGUUAUAAAACCUGAAGACAAACAAUCAAGAGGAAUGGUGUUUGGACCAGCCAAUUUAGGGGAAGAUGCAAUUAGAAGCUUCAUUGCAAAACAUCGUUGCAACUCCUGUUGCCGGAAGCUCAAACUCCCGGAUUUGAAAAGAAAUGACUAUUCCCCUGGAACAAUAAAUUCCAGCUUUGGAUUUGAGAAGGAAAAAGAACCAACUGAGGGGCCUCCAGCAAGAGAAAGGAGUAGAAAUUCCCUAGAAGAUCAUACACGACUCUAAAAGGGGGAGAAGCAAGAAGAUGAUGGCCCUCAACCUUUCUGCCAUGAGUUCUUUGGUGAUGUAGAUUGAUGAUGCAACACUGAUUACAUCAGAUCAAGGGAUCAGGAUGGCUUUGUACUGGAACACAUCUGUCCCUGCCCAGAGGCCUCAUUGGUAUAUAAUGAACGGAUUCUUCAGGAUGUUGACCUAUGAAGGAUGUUUGGCAUGCAUUCUCUAUCCUCAGGUUCCACAAGAAGACACUUGGACAAGUCAGCUGGAAAUACUGUUUUUUUGAUACCUCAUUGCUUUAGCUGCUCACUUGGAACCCUUGGAGUGCUGUGUGCUAAGGAA